ACUAUAAACCGAGCUGGUCAGCGUUUUUGCUGACGCGGUAUGGGUCUGUGCGUCAUCGCACGUCUCUCCUUGAACUUUAUUUUUUUCUGAUAGGACUUUUUCAGUACACUGGUCAAUAAACUGCUUGGUCCACGCCAAGUAUAAAAUGCGCGAGUAUUGCAUGGUUUAAUGCAACUGAAAACAGCAAAAGAACAGGCUCUCUUUCUUACCGCUACUCAGGAUACAUAAUACUGUAAUUUCAUAGGCGGAAUUUAUAUAGGUCUGGAUAGCAGGCAUAGACUACGAUAAAAGUCAGACAGCUGAACAAAAGCGGAUUAAUCUGUAACGUCGGAUGAAAUGCAGGCUUGGAAGCAUUGCGGCUUGUGUUUGUCUAGAGGGCUUUUUUACAGCCGGACCGACUUCCUGCUCACGCGGGCCAACAUGGCUGCCAUCCGUCAAGUGGCUGUAUGUUUACAUUUAUUCAGAGCCACAUCCAGUGAGAUUUUCAGCAAAAAAGCUACUUUACAGCGUCUUCUAAAAAUGCCAGAAAUAAAGCAGACAAAUAUUGUGUCCUUCAGCAUGGGUUGUGGACUAUGUACUGUCCCCUUUGUACAGCAUGCAGAAAAUCUCUCACAUGAGUCUCUGAUUCGACGUGCAUCCUGCUUGGUCACAGACAGCGCCAAUACGUACCUCUCCCAAACCACCAUGGCCCUUGUAGAUGCCCUCACGCUCUAUACAAAGGCUCUGCACACUCUCAUUGCUCUUCAAAAGCGUUAUUUGUCUUCAAUUGGAAAGCUAACCCCUGCUGAGGAAGACAGCAUUUGGCAAGUGAUCAUUGGUCAGCGAGUGGAGGUUGGAGACAGGCUUGAUGAAUGCAAACGUUUUGAAUCAAACUGGCUAAAUGCUGUUAACAUCUGUGAGCUGUCAGCUGAGGCCGCCUACAAUUCAGGAGCACAAUCUGCAUCCAAUGCAUUAAAAUGCAGCAUUCAGGCAGCACAGUCUAAAGUAGAAGAAAUGAGAAAACUGCAAGUGGUGGCACAGAAGAGUUUGGCUGAAAUGAAAGCCGAAGAGAUUCAGAGAAUGGCUGAGUAUGCAUCAAGUAUUAACUUACAGGAUUUGGAGGAUGUUCCUGAGGCUUACCUCCGUGAAGAUUAAAAACAAUUUUAGGCCAUAAUGUAGACUAAUAAUUUGUUUUGCCCAUUUAAAAGUUAGGAUAUUUGUAUAGUAUGCUUUCAUGUCACCUUAUGGAUGAUCUAUGUUUUAUCAGGGGGAAAAAUGCAUUUCAUAAAAGCUAAUAAGCAUAACUUUUUGAAAGUAUACACACAAUUUUAUGAUGAUUACAAAAAAAUCAUGUAAUAUUGACUUUUUUUAUGUAAAUAAAACCUUAUUUUUCUAUGAA